AUGGGUUGCAUGAGCCACCGAAGGCCCAAUUUCGAGGUCCGACCUGAGCAAAAGUGGGAUUACAUCCAACUCAACGACUUCAAAUCUGGCAAUGCCUUCACGUACAUCGCAUAUGGCUAUCUGUACUUCUCGCUCAUCUUGUCCACGACCGUGUACGCAGUCGACACAUUCACGGCUGUCAACCUACUCGCCUUCAAUAAGUGGUCUUCCGAAAUCCAGCCGGCCGUCUCCUUCGACGUGACAAAAUGGAUCUUUUCCAUCUGUAUCAUUCUUUCUUUCCUCAACGUUGGAUACGAGCACAUCCGAGCUCAGCGUAUCAUGAGGCGAGGUUCCGUUGCUGAGUCGUAUCUGGACAACUUGGCCGUUCGCCUGGAGAGCACGAGAAUGGGAAAGGGCAAAGGAUGGCGAAGGUUUCUCGUCUUCGCAGAGCUGACAAAGAGUAAGAAGGGGGCCGAGUACAUCGCCCUCUUCACCUACUUCAGCUUCCAAUCUUGGAUUCGUGUCAUCUUCUGCUCCGGCCCUCGUCAAGCCGUCAAUGGCAUCACGCUAUAUUCGGUAUACACCGCCAAGCUAGCGAUAGAAGGAGACAGCUUCGAACACAGCUUGGAAAACUUCUUCGCUAAGAUCAAGGAGCUCGCCGAGCAGGACUACCAACAAGCACUGAUCCUUUCAGGCAUGGUCUUCACGCUGGUAAUCUGGGCUUUCUCCAUGCUCUCACUAAUUCUCGCGGCCUUGUUCUUCGUUUUCUUCCUCUGGGGUUGGAUUCCAAGGGACGACGGCGGUCUCUCGGGAUAUUGUGAGCGAAAGAUUAACAAGAGGUUGAUGAAAAUCGUCUCCAAGAAGGUCAAUGCGGCUAUUGAGGACCAAGAGAGGGCCCGAAAGAAGAAGGAGCUCAGGGCCGCCAAGAAGGCAGGCGAGCUGCCACCCGAGGAGCGGAAGGCCACCCUACCCAACCUUGGCGGCGAUGACAAGCUUCCUGGUAUGCCAAUGCUCAGCAGGAAUGACACCAUGGCCACACUGCCCGUGUACACUUCGCGUCCAGGCACACCUAAUGGCGGGACACCUGCCUUGCCUGCGUUCGAGAUGAACCAGAUGCGGCCGAUGCCCAAUAGGAUGGGUACGACAUCGACCACAUCCAGCCGGGCCCCCCUGCUCGGGGCGGGUGCCGAGAUGGGUCGUGCAUCCCCGGCGUUGAGGUCCCCCAUGGGUGGCCCUCCGCCGCUUGCCAGGGUGCAAACCAACCAGUCGAGCUUCGGCGGCUCUUACACACAGACACCAUCGUCAUAUUCACCAACGAGCAAUUACCCUCCCAUGCCGCAGCCUAUCCGGUCACCCACAUCCACGUCGGUCGGCUCCUAUGGCAUGCCACCAAGGUCAAACAUGACACCAGCCCCACGAGGAACGUUCGACGACUACUCCACGGGGCGAGCAAGUCCAGCGCCGUUGAGGCAAAUGCCUUCGCACUCGUCCUUUGAUGACUACGGUGGCCGCGCGAGUCCAGCGCCGUCAGCAAUGCCACCUCGGAUGAUGGGUCCAGGAUAUGGGCAAGGAGGCUACCCUGGCGGAGGACCUGGAGGUUACCCCACGAGAAGUGCGACCGGCCCUGUUCCGAACCGUGGGCCGCCGAUCCCGCAGCCGCAGAGAAACAUGACAGCUCCUGUGCAGCAAGGUAUUCGGAGACAGGGAACCGGAGAGUUCCGCUCGCACACGCCUGCUCACUCGGAUGCAGGAAGUGGAUACUUCAACUCCUCUGCUCCUGCAAAUGCCCGUGACUACCAACGGCCACCAUCGGAUGAGUACCGCCCCGGCACAGCUCACAGCCAACGGUCUAUGAACAGCCAGCCAAGCAGACAACCAACGUACGGCAGCGAGCGGACGAUGGGCGGACCGCCACAACACAACAGGCAGCCCACAAACGGCAGCGGAUGGAUGUCAGAUCUGGAGGGCCAGCGAGGAACGCCUGGACCUCGAUAUUGA